AGAGAUUUACAAUCACCAAUAGUUUCGUUUCUACGGAGAUUUAGUUCAAUUGACUCAACAGAAUUUGCAUUGCCUUCUUUUGUUUGUUUUGCCGGUUUUGUUUCUCCAGUUUAUCAAACAGAUGGCUAAUUGGAAGGAUUUAAAUUAUUUGCAUGUUUUGUAAAAUGUCAAAGUCAGUUAGAUUUUACAGGAGGUGGACAAUGUUGCCCAGUGUAUUUUUGUACCCGUUGUUCCUGUCUUUAAACGCGCCUGUUGUGGCAUCAAGCAGCUUCUUUAUGCUUGAAAAAGGAGACCAAAAUGCUAUAAAUGUUGGCAUCUCAAAGAUGCAUUUUAGGUGUGAUCGCGAGCAAAGUUGUGCAUACAUUAAAUUCAACCAGGUGACACAAGAGUUUCAGCUUUUAACAGAGAAUUACGUUAUCAGUGAGGCAGACGAAGAUACAGAAACAGUUUGGAGAAAAGUUUUACAGAUUUAUCCUUCCUGCAAAGAGGCCUUACCAGGGGACCUUAACAACGGGGUAUACUGGAUUCAGCACAAGAAUAUGCAAGAACCAAUAAAAGUCAAAUGCAACAGAGAGACAGGAAAUGUUCUCGCAGUAUUUGAUCACGACAGCGAAUCGCGCAUAGUGGUUAGAGGGUUUGAAGACCCUGGAUCGUAUCGGCACAGAAUCACCUACACGAAUCGACUUCAAGACUUGACAAGCUUUGUCGACUCGUCACGUCAAUGCCGCCAGUUCACUAGAAUUGAUUGCAUCUCAAUGGGUUUGUAUUUCCCUUCCUCGAGUACCCCAUAUUAUGGAUACCUCGUCGAUAGAAGCGGGAAUGGAAUGAAGUACUUUGGUGGUGGGCCAACAAAUGGAAGAGGAUGCAGUUGUGGGAUAACUGGUACAUGUGCAAAAAGUUCAGAUCUUUGCAACUGUUAUGCAAAUGAUGCGGUAUGGCGAUUUGACGAGGGAUUUGUCACCGACAACAAGAGGCUGCCAAUAACUGAAGUGAGGCUUGGAGAUACAGGUGACGCGUCUGAAGAAGGUGCCCAUACCAUUGGAAAACUUAUCUGUGAAGAGUGGCCAUAAGCAUUCAUUAAAGACUACCAUCAAUUCAAAUUCUGCAGGGGAUCAACCAAAAAUUGGAACAAGGAGGUGAUUCCCGUUAGUUGAGAGUUGAAAAACAAAACAAUUGCAACUAUGCAGUGGGAGAAGUGAAUACUUAAAGAGACACAAUUGAACACUCCAGAUGAAUUAAAACAGAAGAGAUGAAAGUCGUAUAAGAGAGAAAAAAUCAUCUUUCACUUAUUUCUGCAAAAUUCUCAAUAUUACAAAUCGGAAAGGAAAGGGAAAUUUGCACGUAUGACGUAUGAUUUUAUAAAGUUCUAAAGUUAUGACGUCACAAAAUCAAUUUUUACAAUUUUUGAAUUUCGAUUCAAAAACUGAAAGAGCAUCGUGAAAUACCUCUAAAGUUACAAAAUCAGUCAAAUGUGUUGGAAAAAUAUGGUUACAUUAGCACAGGCUCUUUCCCCACCAAACCUCUGUAACUUGGUCUGAAUUCAUAGAACAGGGUAAAAUAACAGUACUCCGAAAUUGAACUUCAAAUAUUUUACUGGCCAUAUCUCCCCCGAUUUUAGAUAUAUUCCACUGAUUUUGCAUAUUUGGAAGUAUUUCACUGUGCUUCUUAUGUAAUUUGGUUAAAAUUCAAAAAUUGUAAAACAAGUUUUUUGUGACAUCACACAAGACAUCGCGGAGCAGGGAGGGGGCUGGGGAACGCUUUAGCCCCCCCCCACUUUCUGCGAAAAAUGCAAAAUAUUGAGAAAUAAACUACCAGUAAAGCCAUUUUUCAUUCGGUUUUAGCCCUCGCACUUUUUUAGACCCCUCACAUUUUCCAAUGCUCCGCGAUGCCUGCAAAGUGAAAAACUCUAAUGCUGUAAAUAGACUGCUCUUAGUUUAGCAACGAUUUCAUUUUUGUUCACUCUCCACAGAUAUCGUCCACACAAAGCACAAAUAUACCUCAUAAGAAAUACUAUUUUAUAUGCCACCAAGAUAAAAAACAAACUAAAGUAAAUCAUUCAUACGAAUACGCCAAAGCUUAAAAUGAAAAUGUUUAGUAACCAAUGAAAUUGUAGCACCACAGGGCUCAACUAUAGGACCACUUCUCUUCAGUUUUCCUUUUUCAAGUAUAUUUUAAUCAUGUAAUUCAAUCCAUUAUAAUUUCUGUGAACAAGAGUUGCCUAGCAGCCCUGGUAAACUGUUAAUAGUGGCAGUUUUUUUAAAGAUCUUAUGAAUUUGAUCUCUAGAAAAUUUAUCUUCGGGAUGCAUGCAACAAAUGAUUGUCAAAUGGCAUCAGUAUCGGGUGACAAAUAUAUAAUAAGCAUUUACAAUAUACGGCUUAACAAAUAACGUGUGAGACUAUAUUAUAAGGAGGUCUUUGUCGCAUGGAGUUACACUUAAUCAUGAAUACGCUUCGUUAUUGUUAGCGAAAAUAUCACGGUUCAACUGCUGUAAGCCAGAGGAAGGUUAUCCAAAGAACAGUUGUUUUGAGGAAGGCCAAUGUAUGGCUUGACAAGAGUAUAUAAAGUGAGAAGAAUUUACCGUACUGUUUGAACUUUCCAUUGAAGAUGAUACAAAAAAAUAGAAACAUAGCUUAGUAUUUCCUGUCAAUUAGUGAAGACCAGACGACAAAUGAUUUAACUUGAAAUCCAUUUCUAAGAAAAUUUAAGGCUACGUUAAACCUUUUUCAACGCAAUAUUUGGUUUUCUCUUCUUAAAAGCAAAACUAUUAACGGAAUCAGAUUAAACUAUACAUCAUCGAUGCACAAGAAUGUGGCAAAUUCAACCAUAUAAAAAUAUUUGGCAAAUAUUGAUAUUUUCCAGGCAAAUUUAUUGCUCAAAUGAGUGUACCACCUUCAAAACUAUUCUGUACCCUUGCGUUUCAGGUAUCAAAAUCUGACUCAUAUCAGUAGAAAGUGUAGAUCCUUAGCUACCGAAGCGUGUCUCAGAUAUUUCAAAUUUCUCCUCCAAUUGAAACUGUACCCUGUCAAAAAUUGGCAAACAAUUUCUCUUCCCUCUUAUCGCUGUAAUUGGCUAUAAAAGACGGACCAGACCAAAUACAAAAAUUUUGAGACAAACGUUUUGUACCCGACAUCUGUCCUGGCCGUGUGCAGAGCCUUUCGAAUGGUUCCUUGGGUACAAAAUAGCUUUUUCGUACCUGUAGGCAGGGCUAUGGCUGUGAAAAUGUGAUUUCUUAUCUAACCGAAAUAAUAUCGAUGGUUUUAUAUACUUUCGAGUAUGGAGACCCAGAAUCCAAGAUGGGACCAAAACUUUUCGCCUCAGUAUCACGUGUUUGAUGACGUCAUCGACAACGGCAAAAACAGUCAUAAAUCCGUUAUAUAUUCCAAAUGAAUUGUACAAUAUAGCAAUUCUAGGUUUUAUGUGAAGGCACAUUUCAAGAGCUUUCAAUUGAUGUAUCAUAUAAUUGAGUUUGCUGACUAAAUUGACUCAACAGAAUUUGCUUUGCUUUCUUUUGUUUGAUCUGCUUGUUUUGUUUUUGCUAAAUAUAUUAAGGUAGAUAAAUAAAUAAAGGUAAAAAAAUAGAUAAAGGAGAAGGGACAUUAUUAUCAGAAUUUGAAUUGCGAGAUUUCCAAGAAAAAAAACGGAUUUCCAGGGGCUUUCAAAAACAAAACAUUGGGUAUUUCAACCAAAGGUGCAUCCAAUUUCCACGGAGUGAUUUUUUCCUCGUGGUAAUUUGCGAUUCUGGUUGUUACGCGUAGCUGUGAUACAGGCCUUAUGCAGACUGACAGCAUCCUGGUAUAGAGAACAAUUAUAAGAGUGUAUGGUCAAUUAAAACUUGUUUCCCUUGCUCCUCUGUUGAAUAUUGAUGCCUAGCUCGCUUAGAAUCGCUCCUCGGUUGACUUUGCGUUGAGAUAGAAGUUUCACAAACUUUCCCUCCAAAACAAUGGCAUUCCCGAACCUUACUGCGCAUGUUCCAUCAAUACAUUUUUCAAAAGUCUCGUUUGCAUUUCAACCUUUGGCCGUUCGUAUCACUAACAACUGAAGUCUUACAAAACAGAUAACUGAUUGGAAGGCUUUAAAUUAUUUGCAUGUUUUGUAAAAUGUCAAAGUCAGUUAGAUUUUACAGGAGGUGGACAAUGUUGGUCAGUGUAUUUUUGUACCCGUUGUUCCUGUCUUUAAACGCGCCUGUUGUGGCAUCAAGCAGCUUCUUUAUGCUUGAAAAAGGAGACCAAAAUGGUAUAAAUGUUGGCAUCUCAAAGAUGCAUUUUAGGUGUGAUCGCGACCAAAGUUGUGCAUACAUUAAAUUCAACAAGGUGUCACAAGAGUUUCAGCUUUUAACAGAGAAUUACGUUGUCAGUGAGGCAGACGAAGUUACAGAAACAGUUUGGAGAAAAGUUUUACAGAUUUAUCCUUCCUGCAAAGAGGCCUUACCAGGGGACCUUAACAACGGGGUAUACUGGAUUCAGCACAAGAAUAUGCAAGAACCAAUAAAAGUCAAAUGCAACAGAGAGACAGGAAAAGUUCUCGCAGUAUUUGAUCACGACAGCGAAUCACGCAUAGUGGCUAAAGGGUUUGAAAUCCCUGGAUCGUAUCGGCACAGAAUCACCUACACGAAUCGACUUCAAGACUUGACAAGCUUUGUCGACUCGUCACGUCAAUGCCGCCAGUUCACUAGAAUAGAUUGCAUCUCAAUGGGCUUGUAUUUCCCUUCCUUGAGUACCCCAUAUUAUGGAUACCUCGUCGAUAGAAGCGGUAAUGGAAUGGAGUACUUUGGUGGUGGGCCAACAAAUGGAAGAGGAUGCAGUUGUGGGAUAACUGGUACAUGUGCAAAAAGUUCAGAUCUUUGCAACUGUUAUGCAAAUGAUGCGGUAUGGCGAUUUGACGAGGGAUUUGUCACCGACAACAAGAGGCUGCCAAUAACUGAAGUGAGGCUUGGAGAUACAGGUGACGCGUCUGAAGAAGGUGCCCAUACCAUUGGGAAACUUAUCUGUGAAGAGUGGCCAUAAGCAUUCAUUAAAGACUACCAUCAAUUCAAAUUCUGCAGGGGAUCAUCGGAGGAGAUUUCCGUUAGUUGCACGUUGAAAAACAAAACAAUUGCAACUAUGCAUAGUGGGAGAAUUGAAUGCUUAAAGAGACACAAUUAAACACUCCAGAUGAAUUAAAACCAAAUGGAUGAAAGUCGUAUAAGAGAGCAACAAUCAUAUUUCACUUAUUACUGCAAAAUUCUCAAUAUUACAACACGGAAAGGAAAGGAAAAUUUGCACAUUGAAUAUAAUGCAUCCACAUGAAGCAUAGCUUGUAAUAUAGUCACAAAGGGAAAGUCUUUAUGUUUAUCCUUUGUUUGCCUUUCCAGUAGGUAAAACACCUUAAUAUCUUGUUAUGUCUAUCGACAUUUUUUGACGUAUGAUUUAAAAGAAGUUCUAAAGUUAUGACGUCACAAAAUCAAUUUUUACAAUUUUUUAAUUUAGAUCCAAAAACUGAAAGAGCAUCGUGAAAUACCUCUAAAGUUACAAAAUCAGUCAAAUGUGUUUGCAAAAAUAUGGUUACAUUAGCACAGGCUCUUUCCCCACGAAACCUCUGUAACUUGGUCUGAAUUCAUAGAACAGGGUAAAAUAACAGUACUCCGAAAUUGAACUUCAAAUGUUUUACUGGCCAUAUCUCCCCCGAUUUUAGAUAUAUUCCACUGAUUUUGCAUAUUUGGAAGUAUUUCAUCGUAUUUUUUAUGUAAUGUGGUUAAAAUUCAAAAAUUGUAAAACAAGUUUUUUGUGACGUCACACAAGACAUCGCGGAGCAGGGAGGGGGCUGGGGAACGCUUUAGCCCCCCCCCCCACUUUCUGCGAAAAAUGCAAAAUAUUGAGAAGUAAACUACCAGUAAAGCCAAUUUUUAUUCGAUUUUUGCCCUCGCACUUUUUUAGACCCCUCACAUUUCCCAAUGCUCUGCGGUGCCUGCAAAGUGAAAAACUCUAAUGCUGUAAAUAGACUGCUCUUAAUGUAGCAACUAUUUCAUUUUUGUUCACACUCUCCACAGAUAUCGUCCACACAAAGCACAAAUUUACCUCACAAGAAAUAAUAUUAUAUAUGCCACCAAGAUAAAAAACAAACUAAAGUAAAUCAAACCUAACUUGCUCACGACCGGGCAAAUUUCAUAAGCAGAAAACAUUUCAUUCAUACGGGUCAGCCAAAGCUGAAAAUGAAAAUGUCUAGUAGGCAAUGAAAUUGUGGCACCACAGGGUUCAAUUAUAGGACCUCUUCUCUUCAGUUUUCCUUUUUCAAAUACAUUGUAAUAAUGUAAUUCAAUCCAUUUUAAUUUCUGUGAACAGGAGAUGGCUAACAGCCCUGGAAAACUGUUAAUAGUGGCUGUUUUUUUAAAAAUCUUAUGAAUUUGAUCUCUAGAAAAUUUAAACUUCAGGAUGCAUGCAACAAAUGAUUGUCAAAUGGCAUAAUUAUCGGGUGACAAAUUUAAAUUAGCAUUUACAAUACACUGCUUAACAAAUAACGUGUGAUUUUAUAUCAUAAGGAGGCCUCUUUUGCGUGGAGUUACACUUAAUCAUGAAUACGCUUCGUUAUUGUUAGCACUCAGCCAGGGUCACGAAAACAUCACGGUUCCACGGCUGUGAAUCAGAAGAAGGUUAUCCAAACAACAGUUGUUUUGAGGAAGGCCAAUGUAUGGCUUGACAAGAGUAUAAAAAGUGAGAAGAAUUUACCGUACUUUUUGAACUUUCCAUUGAAGAUGGUAGAAAACAAUGGAAACAUAGCACACUAUUUCCUGUCAAGGCGUGAAGACCCGACCAUAAUUGGUUUAGCUUGAAAUCCAUUUCUUGGAAAGGUUAUGGUAAACGUUUUUGACACGAUAUUUGGCUUUCUCUUCCAAAAAGCAAGACUAUUAACGGAAUCAGAUUAAACUAUACAUCAUUCGAUGCACAAGAAUGUGGUGAUUUCAACCAUAUCAAAAUAAUUGGUAAAUAUUGUAAAAUGAUAUUUUCCAGUCAAAUUUAUUGCUUAAAUGAGUGUACCACUUUCAAAAGCUAUUGAGGUAACAAAAUCUGACUUAUAUCAGCAGAAAGCGCAGACCUUAUGUCUCGUAUUUUUCAAAUUCCUACUCGCUUUGAAACUAUACCCUGUCGAAACAGCCAUUUCCGUGACGCUUAUUGCGUCGUCAUGUGCUUACAGAUAGUUCCAGAAAAGAUGUGACAGAACUCCUCGAUGAACUGCUGGUAGGAAUUAGGGAAGCUUAGGCUGCAAUAAAAUUUCGUCUUGUGCUUCCAGAUAGUUCCAGGAAAGAUGUGACAGAACUCCUCAAUGAACUGCUGGUAGGAAUUAGGGAAGCUAAUGCUGCAAUGAAAUUUUCAUUAUAAAAGGAGCCUCCAUCAGGGACAUAAAAAGGAUCCUCUGGAAACGAGUCAACAUCAAGUCCAAUUAAAGACCAAAUAGAGUUUGCUAUCUGGAGGAAAUGUGAAUAACUCAUCAUAAAAAGCUGUGUCUAAGUCUAGCUCUGAUCCGAGACCUCUGACAGCUGUUAUUAGACGUUGAAACAUCAAGAGCGGGUCGAUAGAAAUGAUUUCACCAUCUAUUUGGAUGCUGGAUCUUGCUUUCAUGAUUACGGCAAUGUCUUUCCUUUUAAACGUAUACUCUCCAACUUCACUUCGAGACAUUGAUUCUAAAAUACAUUUCCCGAUUUUCUUUGCAUCAUCUACAUUGACAGCACAAAUUGCAACCUCUACCGUGUCAAUGCUUGUAAGCUCCUUACAGUUGUCAAACGGAUUUCUUGACGUCUCUUGAUACGAGUUUGAGAUGUUUCUUUGUGCUGUUCACUUGUUUCAUACGCAACAUUUGUAACUUCUUGCAUUGUACGAUUUACUUCAGCACAGGCAGGUGUUGAGCAGAGCCAAAUUGCUCUUUGAAGUUCGGUCAUCCCUCUCCCACGAGUGAGUCCGCCAGUUGUUUUCAAACUUCUCUUUAGAACUUGUUCAAUCACAAGGUCAAUUGAAAGUCCUGCCCAAAACGGUUACUUCUUCUGACAACAUGAUACCUCUGCUGAAACUUAACAUAGACAUUUGGAUGGGUUUCCUGAAGAUUUGACAUUUUUGUAGAUAGAUGUGAGCAGACUUGGCGUAAAGUGAAUGACCAGAUGCUGCAAAGAAGGGUAACAUUUUUCCCAAACAACAGCAGCCAUCUUGAAUUCAAGGCAACCAUUUUGGAUCAAAUUACAAUAAGAAUUUCUCUAAAAUUAUUUUUAAAACACCUUUCCUCUAUCGAAAGUAUUUUUGCAGUAAAAUUGCAAAAUUAUAACUGUAAAAUUGCAAAAUAUUAGAUUUUUCAAUAUUUAUGAAAAUUUAGGGAAACUUUUGGGGUUUACCUCUCAAAAUGAGCAGUGGUAUUUUGGGAAAUUGCCUCAACCCUUUGUGGUAAGUUUUUGCUCCCCUUGUGUAUAAACAUGCAUUAGAUAUAAACUUGAUCUACUAAUAGGACAUUCAGUGGCGUUAUCCCAGUUUUGGAGAAAGCCCCUGUAUCUCGAAAAAGCCCCCUCUCCUACUCUAUCAACAUUUCCUUUUGAAUUCCACACCUAAAACUAGUCUUGCAAUAGUUGGUUUGGUAAAGUUUCUCUUCUGGUGGUUAUUGACAGCUCUUUCACAGGCUGCAUCCCAGUUUUUGGAUAAAACCCCUGUCUCUCGGAAAAGCCCCCCUCUCCCGCCCGAUCGACAUCCAGAUUUGAAUUUUACACAACAAACUGGUCUGCAAAAAGUUGGUCUGGUAAAGACCCUCGUCGGGUGGUAAUGCUCCUCCUUGUCCCUCUGGACUACAAGACAAAAACACAAAUUACUCUAUAGAAGGGUGGGAUCUCACCUCGUGGCUCACAGGCUGGAAGGUGGGAAGAUUUUCUCCAUGUAAACAGGCCCUAACAGGCCAAAUAACUUACAAAAUAUGUCACCAGUUUUAUGGCUCUAUAUUAUUUAUAUAUUUAACUUUGUUUUAAUACAGAAUUAAUUUUAUUGCAAUAGAAAUUGUAUUUUAAACGAUUUCUGUUUGGAAUGUAUAUUUUUGCUGAGACUUAUAACGACAGUGAGGUAAACUGAAUAUUCAUAACGUCUCAAUUGAAACAAAUAAUUUUACAACGCAAACAAGAUAUUUAUAGCCGAGAAUUUCUAAUAAUGACGAUGAUGACGUAGGUGAUUUACAAUCACCAAUAGUUUCGUUUCUGCGUAGAUUAAGUUAAAUUGACUCAAAAGAAAUUGCAUUGCUUUCUUUUGUUUGUUCUGCCGGUUUUGUUUCUGCAGUUUAUAAAACAGAUGGCUAAUUUGAAGGCUUUAAAUCUUUUGCAUGUUUUGUAAAAUGUCAAAGUCAGUUAGAUUUUACAGGAGGUGGACAAUGUUGCCCAGUGUAUUUUUGUACCCGUUGUUCCUGUCUUUAAACGCACCUGUUGUGGCAUCAAGCAGCUUCUUUAUGCUUGAAAAAGGAGACCAAAAUGGUAUAAAUACUGGCAUUUCAAAGAUGCACUUUAGGUGUGAUCGCGACCAAAGUUGUGCAUACAUUAAAUUCAACAAGGUGUCACAAGAGUUUCAGCUUUUAACAGAGAAUUACGUUAUCAGUGAGGCAGACGAAGAUACAGAAACAGUUUGGAGAAAAGUUUUACAGAUUUAUCCUUCCUGCAAAGAGGCCUUACCAGGGGACCUUAACAAUGGGGUAUACUGGAUUCAGCACAAGAAUAUGCAAGAACCAAUAAAAGUCAAAUGCAACAGAGAGACAGGAAAAGUUCUCGCAGUAUUUGAUCACGACAGCGAAUCACGCAUAGUGGUUAGAGGGUUUGAAGACCCUGGAUCGUAUCGGCACAGAAUCACCUACACGAAUCGACUUCAAGACUUGACAAGCUUUGUCGACUCGUCACGUCAAUGUCGCCAGUUCACUAGAAUAGAUUGCUUCAGAAUGAGUUUGUAUUUCGCUUCCUCGAGUACCCCAUAUCGUGGAUACCUCGUCGAUAGAAGCGGGAAUGGAAUGAAGUACUUUGGUGGUGGGCCAACAAAUGAAAGAGGAUGCAGUUGUGGGAUAAAUGGUACAUGUGCAAAAAGUUCAGAUCUUUGCAACUGUUAUGCAAAUGAUGCGGUAUGGCGAUUUGACGAAGGAUUUGUCACCGACAACAAGAGGCUGCCAAUAACUGAAGUGAGGCUUGGAGAUACAGGACAUGCGUCUGAAGAAGGUGCCCAUACCAUUGGGAAACUUAUCUGUGAAGAGUGGCCAUAAGCAUUCAUUAAAGGCUACCAUCAAUUCAAAUUCUGCAGGGGAUCAACCAAAAAUUGGAACAAGGAGGUGAUUUCCGUUAGUUGCACGUUGAAAAACAAAACAAUUGCAACUAUGCAGUGGGAGAAUUGAAUGCUUAAAGAGACACAAUUAAACACUCCACAUGAAUUAAAACAGAAGAGAUGAAAGUCGUAUAAGAGAGCAACAAUCAUAUUUCACUUAUUACUGCAAAAUUCUCAAUAUUACAAAUCGGAAAGGAAAGGAAAAUUUGCACAUUGAAUAUAAUGCAUCCACAUGAAGCAUAGCUUGUAAUAUAGUCACAAAGGGAAGGUCUUUAUGUUUAUCCUUUGUUUGCCUUUCCAGUAGGUAAAACACCUUAAUAUCUUGCUAUGUCUAACGACAUUUUUCGACGUAUGAUUUAAAAGCAGUUCUAAAGUUAUGACGUCAUAAAAACUAUUUUUACAAUUUUUGAAUUCAGAUCCAAAAACUGAAAAGGCAACGAGAUCUCUAAAGUUACAAAGUCAGUCAAAUGUGUUACGAAUUGGCAAAAAUAUGGUUACAUUAGCACAGGCUCUUUCCCACCAAACCUCUGUAACUUGGUCUGAAUUCAUAGAACAGGGUAAAAUAACAGUACUCUGAAAGUGAACUUCAAAUAUUUUACUGGCCAUAUCUCCCCCGAUUUUAGAUAUAUUCGAAUGAUUUUGCAUAUUUGGAAGUAUUUCAUCGUGUUUCUUAUGUAAUUUGGUUAAAAUUCAAAAAUUGUAAAACAACUUUUUUUUUCCAUCACACAAGACAUCGCUGAGCAGGGAGGAGGGCUGGGCAACGCUUAAGCCCCCCCCCCCACUUUCUGCAAAAAUGCAAAAUAUUGAGAAGUAAACUACCAGUAAAGCCAUUUUUUAUUCGGUUUUUGCCCUCGCACUUUUUUAGAUCCCCCACAUUUCCCAACGCUCCGCGGUGCCUGCAAACUGAAAAACUCUAAUGCUGUAAAUAGACUGCUCUUAGUGUAGCAACGAUUUCAUUUUUGUUCACACUCUCCACAGAUAUCGUCCACACAAAGCACAAAUAUACCUCAUAAGAAAUACUAUUUUAUAUGCCACCAAGAUAAAAAACAAACUAAAGUAAAUCAUUCAUACGGAUACGCCAAAGCUUAAAAUGAAAAUGUUUAGUAACCAAUGAAAUUGUAGCACCACAGGGCUCAACUAUAGGACCACUUCUCUUCAGUUUUCCUUUUUCAAGUAUAUUUUAAUCAUGUAAUUCAAUCCAUUAUAAUUUCUGUGAACAAGAGUUGCCUAGCAGCCCUGGUAAACUGUUAAUAGUGGCAGUUUCUUUAAAGAUCUUAUGAAUUUGAUCUCUAGAAAAUUUAAACUUCGGGAUGCAUGCAACAAAUGAUUGUCAAAUAGCAUCAGUAUCGGGUGACAAAUUUAUAAUUAGCAUUUACAAUAUACGGCUUAACAAUUAACGUGUGAGACUAUAUUAUAAGGAGGUCUUUGUCGCAUGGAGUUACACUUAAUCAUGAAUACGCUUCGUUAUUGUUAGCACUCAGCCAGGGUCGCGAAAAUAUCACGGUUCAACGGCUGUGAGCCAGAGGAAGGUUAUCCAAAGAACAGUUGUUUUGAGGAAGGCCAAUGCAUGGCUUGACAAGAGUAUAUAAAGUGAGAAGAAUUUACCGUACUGUUUGAACUUUCCAUUGAAGAUGAUACAAAAAAAUGGAAACAUAGCUUACUAUUUCCUGUCAAUUAGUUAAGACCAGACGACAAAUGAUUUAACUUGAAAUCCAUUUCUAAGAAAAUUUAAGGCUACGGUAAACCUUUUUCAACGCAAUAUUUGGUUUUCUCUUCUUAAAAGCAAAACUAUUAACGGAAUCAGAUUAAACUAUACAUCAUCGAUGCACAAGAAUGUGGCAAAUUCAACCAUAUCAAAAUAUUUGGCAAAUAUUGAUAUUUUCCAGGCAAAUUUAUUGCUCAAAUGAGUGUACCACCUUCAAAACUAUUCUGUACCCUUGCGUUUCAGGUAUCAAAAUCUGACUCAUAUCAGUAGAAAGUGUAGAUCCUUAGCUACCGAAGCGUGUCUCAGAUAUUUCAAAUUUCUCCUCCAAUUGAAACUGUACCCUGUCAAAAAUUGGCAAACAAUUUCUCUUCCCUCUUAUCGCUGUAAUUGGCUAUAAAAGACGGACCAGACCAAAUACAAAAAUUUUGAGACAAACGUUUUGUACCCGACAUCUGUCCUGGCCGUGUGCAGAGCCUUUCGAAUGUUUCCUUGGGUAUAAAAUAUCUUUUUCGUACCUGUCGACAGGGCUAUGGCUGUGAAAAUGUGAUUUCUUAUGUAACCGAAAUAAUAUCGAUGGUUUUAUAUACUUUCGAGUAUGGAGACCCAGAAUCUUAGAUGGGACCAAAACUUUUCGCCUCAGUAACACGUGAUUGAUGACGUCAUCGACAACGGCAAAAACAGUCAUAAAUCCGUUAUAUAUUCCAAAUGAAUUGUACAAUAUAGCAAUUCUAGGUUUUAUGUGAAUGCACAUUUCAAGAGCUUUCAAUUGAUGUAUCAUAUAAUUGAGUUUGUUUACAGACAACAGGAUUUCGAAGAUAAUUAAUAAUUGAGUUUGCUGACUAAAUUGACUCAACAGAAUUUGCUUUGCUUUCUUUUGUUUGAUCUGCUUGUUUUGUUUUAGCUAAAUAUAUUAAGGUAGAUAAAUAAAUAAAGGUAAAAAAAUAGAUAAAGGAGAAGGGACAUUAUUAUCAGAAUUUGAAUUGCGAGAUUUCCAAGAAAAAAAAACGGAUUUCCAGGGGCUUUCAAAAACAAAACAUUGGGUAUUUCAACCAAAGGUGCAUCCAAUUUCCACGGAGUGAUUUUUUCCUCGUGGUAAUUUGCGAUUCUGGUUGUUACGCGUAGCUGUGAUACAGGCCUUAUGCAGACUGACAGCAUCCUGGAAUAGAGAACAAUUAUAAGAGUGUAUGGUCAAUUGAAACUUUUUUCCCUUGCUCGUCUGUUGAAUAUUGAUGCCUAGCUCGCUUAGAAUCGCUCCUCGGUUCACUUUGCGUUGAGAUAGAAGUUUCACAAACUUUCCCUCCAAAACACUGGCAUUCCCGAACCUUACUGCGCAUGUUCCAUCAAUACAUUUUUCAAAAGUCUCGUUUGCAUUUCAACCUUUGGCCGUUCGUAUUACUAACAACUGAAGUCUUACAAAACAGAUGGCUAAUUGGAAGGCUUUAAAUCUUUUGCAUGUUUUGUAAAAUGUCAAAGUCAGUUAGAGUUUACAGGAGGUGGACAAUGUUGGUCAGUGUAUUUUUGUACCCGUUGUUCCUGUCUUUAAACGCGCCUGUUGUGGCAUCAAGCAGCUUGUUUAUGCUUGAAAAAGGAGACCAAAAUGGUAUAAAUACUGGCAUUUCAAAGAUGCAUUUUAGGUGUGAUCGCGACCAAAGCUGUGCAUAUAUUAAAUUCAACAAGGUGUCACAAGAGUUUCAGCUUUUAACAGAGAAUUACGUUAUCAGUGAGGCAGACGAAGAUACAGAAACAGUUUGGAGAAAAGUUUUACAGAUUUAUCCUUCCUGCAAAGAGGCCUUACCAGGGGACCUUAACAAUGGGGUAUACUGGAUUCAGCACAAGAAUAUGCAAGAACCAAUAAAAGUCAAAUGCAACAGAGAGACAGGAAAAAUUCUCGCAGUAUUUGAUCACGACAGCGAAUCACGCAUAGUGGUUAGAGGGUUUGAAAUCCCUGGAUCGUAUCGGUAAGCACCACAGAGUUGUUUAAUAAAGGUAUUCUUGAAAUUUUAUACAAAAUUAUAUAUUAAUGUAGUUAUAGAAUACUAUAGAUGACAACAUCAUUUAAAUCUACCACAAAAUAUAUGAUUUUUGUUUGCCUAAUAGCCUGAGUAUCAGGUAAUUAUUGAUAAUUAUUACAAGAUCUUCUACUUGGUUCAUAAAUUUCAGAACCCAGACAAAAUCACAUUGAUUUCGGGAAGUAGAUUGCAUCCAUACUUUCGAGAAAUUUUGAAUCGAAUUUAAAGUAUUUCAACUUGCAGGCUUAUUAACGAGGCUCUUCAAGAUUUUGUCCAGAGUCAAUAAUCACACAUAUAAAUUUUUUAUUGUAAAUUUGUCGAAAGUUCCAGACCAUCUUUCAAAACAAAUUUGCUUUACUCUAUUGGCAACUACCAAUAAAUAAACUUGCAUGUAAACAUUUCUAAAAUAUUUUCUUUGAUGAUAAGAGAAGUCAUGGAAAUGGAUGUCUGACUCAAAGAAAAUAUUGCUCAUUGUUCAAAAAAGGGCAUAAAAUAAGUAUUUCUAAACUAAUCAAUAAAAAAUGCGGUGAGCGUGUUUGUGGCUUUUAGACACAAAUCAAGUUGCAACUGUUGAUUUAAAUUAAAGCAUCCUUUGAAACAUGAGGUUAACAUGUGCCCCAAUAAGAUUUUUUAUAAAAAAAUAUAAAUUUUAUUGGCCUCAAUGUUCUAAAGAGUUUUCGUUUUGAGACUGAGAGUGAGAAAAAUUUGUUUUCUUUUUCAAAUUUGGUAGGGUUUUAGAGAGGCAUCGCCUGCCGUUCAAUAGGUGAUACGUGAAAAAAUUAUGUGAGUCAUGCGAUUCUCUUUUAUGAACUUCGCAAUGCAUACAUCUGUUUUUCAGUGUUUUUCAGUGGUUUUUAGUGGUUUUCAGUGUUUUUCAGUAUUUUUCAGUAUUUUUCAGUGUUUUUCAAUGUUUUUCAGUGUUAUUCAGUGUUAUUCAGUGUUUUUCAGUGUUUCUCAGUGUUAUUCAGUGUUUUUCAGUCUUUUUCGGUGUUUUUUAGUGUUUUCCAGUGUUUUUCGGUGCUUUUCAGUGUUUUUCGGUGUUUUUUAGUGUUUUCCAGUGUUUUUCGUUGUUUUUCGGUGUUUUUUGGUGCUUUUCAGUGUUAUGCAGUGUUUUUCGGUGCUUUUCAGUGUUUUUCGGUGUUUUUUAGUGUUUUCCAGUGUUUUUCGUUGUUUUUCGGUGUUUUUUGGUGCUUUUCAGUGUUAUGCAGUGUUUUUCGGUGCUUUUCAGUGUUUUUCGGUGUUUUUUAGUGUUUUC